AUGACCUUCUUGGCCCACCAGAUAAGAAAUCUUGUACUUCAAAUGCAAAACAAUCCUGCUUCUCAAAUCAAUAUCCCUGCUAUUAACCUUCCGGCCCAAAAUCAUGAGCUCAACCUAGUUCCUUACCCUGAUUUUUCUGGCGGAGAACAAGACUCCAUUACUUGGUUAGAGGACAUAAAAAAAGCCUUCGAAGCUAACCAAGUCCAAAAUAAUCAAAAAAUCCUGAUUGUCAUUCCUCAGUUGAAAGGCAUGAGGACUACUUGGUGGGUUACUGCUAGAACUAUUCGACCUGCUAUCGAUUGCCUAAGACCUAAAUUGUCUACCACUGUUGCCUCCUUUAUGCCUAAUACUCUGUCCGCUGCUUACGAAUGUGCUAAAGCAUUCGAAAAUUCUUUUAAACCAAACACCUUUUUCUAUAACCCAUAUCUUAUGGCCUCUCCUCAAGAAGUUCUUGUUAAAUUCACAAAAACUUUAAAUGCAGUGAUGAAGAAGCUUCAAGAGUCAUGCCACUAUGCUUGUAACUGUACAAAUCCUUUACCUCAAAAUAAUCUGGGUGCAGUAGUCAUGGGAAACAAUGCUACUCCUCUCAGACAAAACAAUGACUUUUUUGAACCUUCAUUUGAUAAAAGUGAGCCCUUAUUCCUUCCUGCUGACAAAUCUGAAAGGCCUACCCAUUUUACUCGAUUGAAAAGAAGGCAUAUCAAGGAUUCAAACCUCCAAGACCUUAUGGAAGAAGAAAGGAUUAAUGAUCAGGAAGAUGUUCUGGAUAAUGAACAGGAACCUAAGAGAAAAGUCGCUUCAGUCUCUAAGCUGAAGAAAGAAACAAAAACGGUCCCUGUUAAAAAAAGAAAAGUGGUUCCUUCUUUACAUUCAGAUCUAGUCAAGAGUCUUUGUAAAACAAAAGUCCUCAAGAAAAGGAUCUGUACUUUUGUAAAUCUUCAAUCAACUCCUAAAUCGACAGCUUUGUAUUGCGACACCAUGGUCCAAGAUAAAGUUAUCACUCUUAUCAUUAAUAGUGGGUCAUCCGGAAGUGUUGUCUCCUCUCAUCUUCUUAUUCCUGUCAAUGUUGUGGUUAUAGAUGCACCUUCAUAUCAAGCUAUCAUUGGAAAUGAUUGGUUAUCUAAGGUCAAUGCCAAUAUAGACUAUAAUACGUCUGAAAUGAUUGCAAAAAUUCAGCAAGAUGAUGACAAUGAGUCAGAUGACUCUGGAAGUGAAGACGAAACUGAGUCCGAUUUGAUAACUUCCUGGUAUAACGUCCACCCUGAAGGCUUAGGAGCUGGUGAUGCCUGUUGGAAUAUUGAUGGGGAGGAUAACUAUAAGUUAUCAGGUACUGAUAUUCCUCCUGAUUUCGACGAUGAUGAAUCAGAGCCUCAACAUGAAUUCUUUUUCGAUCAGAUCAAAGAACCUCCUCAGGA